ACUGAGUCUUCCCCAUCUUGAAUUUGCAUGAGGGGGCUGUGUAAGCUGGUCAGUAUGGUUAAGAAGGGAAUGAGGAAGCUUUUAGCCAUGAGAGUUAAAUGGGGUCUCUCUCUCAGGGUGGUCAGUAUCCAAGCACUAUAGCUCAGGGGCAGAGCAUUUGUUCUGCAUGUAAAACUCCAGGGUGCAAUCCUUAGCGUUUUCAGUUGAAAGGGAUGUGGGGGGAAUGACACUGUUCUGACCAAGACCUCGCUUCUGGUAAAACAGCAGACAAGAUAAAAAGCUGGGUGAACAAAUAACAAAGCCAAGUGAGACUGACAUCUUCUUAUAGUUAUGGGAGGAACAAAAGGAAAAGAGGCAGAAUCUUUUGGCCCUGAGGGUUCAAGAAUGCUUCCCUGUUUCAAGACUGUCUUUGAGUAUCAGAUGUGAAAGAGCAUGUAGUAUGGGAUGAACUUCUCCAUUGUGUCCUGAAUUUCCAGAGGUGGGUGCAGGGAGAGAUUUUUCUGGAUUACAAGUGAGAGAACUAUUAGCCCUGGUGGAGAAUCUAUGCUCAGAGACUGUCCACUAGAGCAAAGCAACAAGGGAGGGCUAUAUCCUUUGCAUCUGCCUGAUGGAUGUCUGGUAAGCCCAGCAUUGAGAAGAGACCAGCUAUUGCUCCUGGUAAUUAAAUGGAGCCUCCAUAUUCAGAAGCAGUUUGCCUCAAGCCCAAGCAGUAGGCUGCUCAAGAGGGAUGGAGAGGAACAAUACAGGAUAACUUUCUCUGUCAUGACCUAUAUUUGAAAUUUCUAGGGGGAAAUCUCUCUGGCAGAGAGAGAAUUAUCAUUCACACUUCUAUACUGCCCAUAGCCAAAGCUCUCUGGGUGGUUUAUUACAAUAAUAAUAGAUUCAUACACUCAAGUCUCUGAUCCAAAUUCUAACCAGACCUGGCCUGCUUAGCUUUCAAGAUGAGGCAGGAUCAGGCACUGGCUGGUUCUGGUGGCUAAAUGGAGCCUCCAUAGUUGUCUGACUGCCAAAGGGUUGGCAUGAGGGGGAGGCCAUUCCCAUCAUGUUCUGCCUCUGUUUGUUUGACUUGCGAGUCGGCCACCACCAGUCCCCUCGGCUUCACCCUGUGGCGUGCACAGGCGGCUUGGGAAAAAGGCAGGCCCUCUUCUUACUUGCUCAGAGGGAAUGGAGAAGAAACAGCAGAGGUUUCCUGUCAGUUGGAAGGGACUGCUGGGCUUCCUUAUGUUCUCAAAAGCUUCCCUAAAAUGAGGCCUUCAGGUUCACUGAUGAAAUGGAGCCAGGGACGAAUUCUUUCAGAGUGGAGUUCCCAGACUUCUCUAACACCAUCCUGCAGAAGUUGAACCAGCAGCGCCAGCAAGGGCAGCUGUGCGAUGUGUCCAUCGUUGUCCAGGGCCAUCUCUUCCGAGCCCACAAAGCCGUGCUGGCCGCCAGCUCCCCUUACUUCUGCGACCAGGUGCUCUUGAAGAGCAGUCGGCGCAUCGUUCUGCCUGACGUCAUGAACCCCAGAGUGUUCGAGAACAUCCUGCUGUCGACAUACACGGGGAGGCUGGUGAUGCCCGCCUCGGAGAUUGUCAGCUACCUCACGGCGGCUAGCUUCCUUCAGAUGUGGCACGUCGUGGACAAAUGCACGGAGGUGUUGGAAGGGAACCCCUCCGUUCUUUGUCAAAAGCUGAACCGGACUAGUGACCAUCAGUCUCCGAGCAGCAGCAACUACAACGGCCUGGUGGAGAGCUUUGAGCUCGGCUCUGCAGGGCAGGUGGACUUCCACAAAGUGCAGGAGCUGAGGGAUGGUGAGAAUGAAGAGGAAAGCUCGAAGGAUGAGCUCUUGUCUCAACUCACGGAGCACGAAUAUCUCCCCAGCAACUCCUCCACGGAACAUGACCAGCUGAGCACCGGCAUGACCAGUCAGGAUGGUGAGGAGGGAGCCAGCGACAGCGCCGAGUAUCAGUACGCCAGACCUCUUUACAGCAAGCCUAGCAUUAUGUCUCACAAGCGGUGGAUCCACGUGAAAACGGAGAGGUUUGUGCAGGACUGCGAAGGGGUGGAGGCGCACGGCUCUUACGAUGAGCACCAGGUGUCCGAGUCAGUGAAUGCCACCCAGGCAGCCCAUUCGGUCCAGACGUCUGUCCCAGAAGAUCUUCGUGUCUCUGAGAAAAAGAUGGAAACAGAGUUCAGCGAGCAAACCAACGAGAGCAACUACGACGAGCAAGUGGACUUCUAUGGUUCUUCCAUGGAAGAAUUCUCCGGGGAAAGGUCUGACGGCACGCUGAGCCUGCAGAGACAGGACGUUGCAGGUUACGGAGAAAACUUGGAGCUGCCUUCAGGGAUCAAAGAGGAAAACACCCUUUCUGGAUUCUCUGCCACCGACAAGCUCUACCCUUGUCAGUGUGGCAAAAGUUUUACCCACAAGAGCCAGAGGGACCGCCACAUGGGCAUGCACCUCGGCCUGCGCCCCUACGGCUGCGGCGUGUGCGGCAAGAAGUUCAAAAUGAAGCACCACCUCGUGGGGCACAUGAAAAUCCACACGGGCAUUAAGCCCUACGAGUGCAACAUUUGCGGGAAGAGGUUCAUGUGGCGGGACAGUUUUCAUCGGCACGUGACUUCUUGUACCAAGUCGUACCAAGCUUGUAAGGUGGAGCAGAACACUACAGAGAUGAACUGAAAGCGGGGGGGGGGGGGGGAGCCGGGGGGAGCCUGUAGCUGCUGGGCGGAGGAUGCAGGAUGUAGGCAUCCCACCAUGUGCGUCUGGUACUUCUCGUUUCAAGAAUCCGGAGGACUGAAAAUGGAUCCUAUGGCACGGGCAGGGAACCAGAGGAUGAACGCAGCCGGGGUGUUGAACUCCAAGCUGGUACUGGGAAUGCCUCUCCCAAAAUUGCAAAUGAGGAAGCAAAUGAGUGCGGUGGUACAUUACCUUGAUCAUAAUUAUUGCUAUUUAUUCUUGCGUGUGUCAGGAAGACUUGCGUGUUCUCUGCGGAGGGACACUGAGUGAGAGUUCCUUUCAGUUCAUCUCGGUCGUGUUUUGCUUGGGUAUUUAAGGUUAAUCAAGGGGGCCUUUCAAUGCAGCCUGAGUCCUUCAGGUGACUAUUUUCUCUUAGUGUACUGCCGGCACUUGUGCUUUAAAUUCAUCACACAGAAACACAAGCAGUUCCUCGUUUAGAACCAAAGGGUGAUUAGGCAUCGAAGCACAAGUUGCUAGACAGUUUUCAUGUGGUGACAGCUUUAGCAAGCGGCUGUUUCUUUCUUUUGUUUUGUUUUGUUUUGUUUUGUUUUGUUUUACAUCAGUCCAAUUUGGAGCUCCAUUGGCUGGUUCUGUUAGUCUUGGUGGAAUAGUUCUGCUUCAUGCUUAUUUUUAAUUUUUUGUAAAGCACUUGGCAAUUUUGGGGCAGGCACUUUAGAGACAGAAUAUAACUUCAUUCUUUCCUCCAGUUCCAUUGUGCCUAUUUCAGUAGCCAGUCAACAGCUCAUCGCUUUCCGCCGCUGCAAUAGAUUGAGUAUUUUAUUUUCUUCCCAGCAGUGAGAAGAAAGCCCUCCUCAAGCACUUGAAGCUCAAAGCAGGCAUUGGUUCCAUUUUAGUUUUUUCUUUGCUUUAGGAAUUUGCACUUCAAGAACAGAAUGCAAUCUACUGAUUUCCACUUCAGGGUUCACAGUGUACAAUUUUGGCACUGACCUCCUUGCUUAACUCAGCUGGAAGCAGUGGGUGGCCGACGAUGCAGGCGCCUACGGCAGCGAGUUGGUGACUAAAAAUCAAAACGGCCUUUCCCAGCUACUCGCCGGUGUGGUGUGGAUGACGCCACACCCGAAGCAGCUUCUGGAUUCCUGGGUGCGACACUCAACCCGCUGCAGAGGUGGAACUUUUAAACACUGGAUUCUUUUUGUAGCCAGAAGCUGUUGCCAAGUUUUGGAGACCCAUCGUUCUCUCCCCCACCCCCUCCUUUCCUCACCCCAGCUACAGGGUGAAUGCACAUGAUGGAGGCAACUCGGAAUGGGCAGGACAUCCAUGCUGCUAUUUAAGAGGUUGAAAAUAUAUCUCCCGUAUUUGCCAUAGAGAAAGGUGGUGCAGACCGUAACAGCCGUGUAUGCCACCUGGGAAGGAUAACUUAACUUCCUUGAGAGAAAUAAUGAGGCAAAGUUAUGGGAGAGUACCAGUGCCAAGGCAGGUCUGUCUUUUAUUUUUCUAAGCUUCGGCCUGUAAACUGUGAGUAGAAAUGGUGGACCUUGAAUUUUAAUUCUUUGUGCAUCCACCAAGGAGAGUAAACAUUUCUGCAGUCAUUACCCUCUACCCUUAAUAACCCAGUUUAAACAUUGUCUGGCACACAGAGGGGCUUGAUCGUUUGCAGCUUCCAGCUUGGUGCUUACAGGUUUUAAGUUUAAAAAGAAUGAAAUCUUUUCUAAACUGACUCAACUUCCCCAUCCUUCUAUCUUCCCCCCCUCACCUGUGGGCCAUCUUUUAUGCUGUUGGAUUCUCUGGUUUAGCACCUUCUGUUGCUGGGCAACGGACGCAUGCAUAAAGAUGCCCAGUGGAGAGGGCCUGUUGUUCUUCCCACUUAGAAGAGCUUGGCAGUGCCCCCAGGUGGAAGCAAUUGCCACUGACUCGAACCCUGGCGAACAAGCUAAUUCAGCAGGGAUUGACUUGCUAACACUGUAACAUGCUAAAUGUACAAAAGCACUUUGUAUUUAAAAGCAAAAAAAAAAUGAAAAAAGGACGCUUUAUAAGUGUUUUUUUAAACAACAUUGCAAAAAGAGAGCAAAUAUAUAUAUAUCUAUAUAUCUUACAUCUGGUUUGUUUUCUUAUUCAUGUUGUCUGUCUGAUUUUUCUUGAUUUAUUUUGGUUCAGAAAUUUUAUAAUGAUAAAAAGCUGUUUGUUUACACAAGCAUGGGUACUGGGAUUUGUGUAUGGAGAACUAGGAUCUGAAGAGUCGGCUUUUUAGUUUUGUGUUGUUAAAAAAGAUCUGUUUUUUUCAUCCAUACUGCCUUAGAAUGUUCAUGAAACCAUUUUUCUUUUGUAAACUUCUAUAAAGCUCAGUUAAGGAAAAAGAGGCUGUGUAUCUCUUACCAAUCUCAACUUUCCUCUCACCCGGACCUUACCAACUCUUUCUCCAUGCUACCAGUCUAGCCAUAGCGAAAGGAGGAGACACCCAGAAUGCCCCAUUCUGACUUCCAACUCUUCUUCAGCCCUCCUUUUGUGCCUGCAGAAAAGUGCAGCUUUUCCUAAAAAUGGAGAAAAGGGGGUUGGAGUGGAGAAGGUUCACCUUUUCAAAGUCUGCACCUGGGGGAACUGCAAGAGGCGCAGGUGCGAGACCUCCGGAAUCCCCACCCCAAGCUACCAUUCUCGCCACGGAAAGUCCGCCGGAGGACUUUCUGUACAACCGGCCGUUAAAAUAAAUGGGCACCUUGUGCAAGGAUGGCUUCCCAUUUUAUUUCAUUCAGUCGUGCAGGAAGACUCUUUGAUUCGUAAUGCUCUCUCCAGACGAGACAAAGACAGCAAAUGAAUAUAAGAGAAGUUAGUGAAUAACGAACUAGAGUUUCAAAUGCAGUUAGGCUGGUUAGUGAUUUCAUGGAGGAGGAGGAGAUGCCCAAGAAUUUGCAUUACUCUUUCAGUAUUAAGCAGUAAAUGAAUUUCUGUCUGGGAAAAGGCACUGUCGCCUUUAACUUGGACAAUCCUGGGUCUAAUCAGGAAGGCAGCAAGCACACAAGCAUAAUUUCUCCUUCCCGUCUUCCCUAGCAGCAACCCCAAGGAGGGCGUGUGCAUUGUUGACAGAAUCGUGACCCAGCGAUUGCCUUCUGUGAGAAAUUCUGCCAGGAAUUGCUUCUCGGAAAGGCCAAGCCCGUGCAAGGCUUGGAAACGAGUGGCCCUCCCAUUGCAGUUGGACUACAAUUCUCAUUAUCUAUAUAUGAUGGGAGCUGGAAUCUGGGAACAUCUGGACCAUCGCAGGUUCCCUACCCACAACCUAAGGGCUUGAAAGUGCACACCCCUCUUCCACUCCUGGGCUGGAAUCGUGUUGGGGUAAAGGAGCAAUAUGUAUCCCCGCUCUGCUAAAUUCCUUUUAUCCACGAGGGAGAACGAACAUAUGCUGCCUUGCCAACAAAUAAUUUUUUUGCUAAUAAUGUGCUUGCCACAUUUUACCAGUAUGCUAGUCAAGACACAGACAUGACUUUAAAAAAUAUUGUAAAUAAUACACUUGAUUUUGAAAUGAAAUAUAAUGCCUUGGUAACAAGGACGUCCUUCUCUAAAACCUUUCCUUUUGAGAGAGGGAGAAGCCGCCUCUGGCGCACCUAGGCCAUUCUUUUUCCAGCAAAGUUUACACAUCUUUUUUCUCCACUGCUCUUGAUAGUGCUAGUUAUGUUCAUACUGAUUUGUGAAGAUAAAACGGCUGGGUUUGGAAACUUUCUUUUUAAUCUUAAUCCUUAAAGGAUUUGUAGAAGUAUUAACCACAAACCCAUAGUUUCUAACAGCUAAUUUGUCAACACAUCAAGUCCACUCUUGGCAUCCUUUGUUUUUCACAAUGACAGAUCCUCUAUGUUGAAUGUUUUGGGGCAGAUGCUAGUUCUAAACCUAAGAGUCUAUUUUAUUAAAAUAUUUGUCUUUAUCUAGAAUAGUGAAAUGUUAAAGCAUUCUGUAAACAUUCACAUCUUUAUUUGAAUAUUUUAAUUUAAUAUGUAUAGAUAGAAUCAUAAGGUCUGGAGCCCUGAGCGGGAAAAGCUGGAAUACUAAUUGUAUAGUAACAUUUGUGAUGUGGUGACACUGUCAUAUUUCUAUUUUGCUUGCACCCGAAGUCAGUUUCUGCUGCUGUUUUUUCCUUCUUCCACAUUGGGUUCCAUUCUAUCCCUUGAAUAAAUGUAACUGUUUAUGGAAGUGAAGUGAACCUUCCUUAAUUCCACUACAAGUUUCCCCUUAUAAGCACUGUCAUUUCAAUGAUUGCCAUUCAUUUCCUGUUGAUCUUUUGUGAGUUGUUCUACCUAUAUUGCAAAGGUUGGGUAAUUUGAUAUCUCUCUAAUACCGCUGUCCCGGUAAUGUACAGCAUGGGUUUAUGUGAUAUCACUGUUUUCUUCUUAUAGAAGAGUGAGUUGCUCUUUUGUAUAACAUGUUUUAAUAAAUGUUAUCUGUCUUUUCCUGGA